AUGCUUCGAUUUUUCGCGCUUGUCUUUGCCCUUAUGGCUCUAUGCGGCGUCUCAACGGCCCGACCUACGAGUCUACCUGACCUAACCAAGAUAAACAUGGACCAUCUAACAACCAUCGGAGGCCCCGAGCUAAAUGAAUACAGUCAGGACUUAACUGAUGACAUGCCUGAUGUUGUCGCCAACCGUGAUGGAUCCUCUCACAAUCACCACCAUCCCUCCCAGCACGGCUCGGUUCACAAGGUCAACCACGGUGAGAAGUAUUCCUCCUUAGAGGUGGCGGGAGCCCCUGUUGUCAUCAACGACAUUGGCCUACCAGCACCGCACCUGGAGGCUCAUGUUGACUACCGUUUACCGAUAUCCAUCGAGUGA